GGGGCUGUGCGGAGCCGGAGCGCUCCCGCCGCUCCUGAGGGCUGCCGGUGCUGGCCCUGAGCAGCGAGGCCCCGUCCGCCUCGCCUCCCCUCACACAGGGCUCUGUAUUAAGCUCUGGUUACCUAGAACAUGCAAGAUGCUACAGCAGAUGGAUGUAUGCAUGUGAGAGGCUGUGAAGAGUGCCCAUAAUAUGAUUCCCAGAGAAUACAGCAUGCAGUGACCUUGAGAUAUGGAUAUGGUGGAUGGGUACAGCUGGAUCAUCACUGCAAGGGACAGGCAAAGAUGAUGAAGGAUGGGAAGGUUUUUAGAAUCAUUCAAGAGAACUGCUGGGAUCCAGAAGUACGGAUUAAAGAGAUGGACCAGUCAGGAGUCACCGUCCAAGUCCUGUCCACAGUCCCUGUAAUGUUCAGCUACUGGGCCAAACCUCAGGAUACUUUAGAUCUUGCCCAGAUGUUAAAUAAUGACUUAGCUGCUACAGUAAAGAAGUACCCCAAGAGGUUUAUUGGGCUGGGCACGUUGCCUCUGCAAGCUCCAGAGCUGGCUGUGAGGGAAAUGCACCGCUGUGUGAAUGAACUUGGUUUUCCUGGAGUGCAGAUUGGAUCUCAUGUCAAUGAGUGGGACCUGAAUGCCCCAGAGCUCUACGAUGUUUAUGCUGCUGCUGAGAAAUUAAAUUGCUGUCUCUUUGUGCAUCCCUGGGACAUGCAGAUAGAUGGGAGGAUGUCCAAAUAUUGGUUUCCCUGGCUAAUAGGCAUGCCAACAGAAACAACCAUGGCCAUUUGCUCCAUGAUUAUGGGAGGAAUUUUUGAAAAAUUCCCAAAGCUGAAAGUUUGCUUUGCACAUGGAGGUGGAGCUUUUCCAUACACGGUAGGUCGAAUCUCCCAUGGCUUCAAGGUGCGCCCUGAUUUGUGUGCCAUGGAUAAUAAGGUGGAUCCAAGGAAAUACCUUGGCUCAUUUUACACAGACUCUCUUGUCCACGACCAUGGGGCACUAAGGCUGCUAACAAGUGUAGUAGGAGAGGACAAAGUUAUUUUGGGGACAGAUUACCCUUUUCCACUUGGGGAACUGGAACCUGGAGAAUUGAUUGAUUCAAUGGAUGAUUUUGACUAUAAACUGAAGGAUAAACUCAAGGCUGGAAAUGCUCUGGAAUUUUUGGGUCUUAGCAGAAAACAAUUUGAAUAAUUAUGAAGUAGUAAAUCAGCUAAACCUCGGAGAUAAUAUCCCUGUAUUUCUAUUGGCAUGUGCAAUUGUGCAGAUGAAAAAUAAAACUGACAAUUAUC